GGCAGGCAGCAGCACUGGUUUGUACUGGUGGGCGGCUGGGGUGUGCUGCUGGCCUGUAAAAGGGUGGGGGGAGCCGUCAGGGUCCAGGAUUGGGGGGUUCUGGGGGACUUCGAGGUGAGAGCAUCGCAGCUCGUCCAAAAAUAACAAUAAAAAAAAGGUUGAGAUUGAGGGUAGAAAGGGAAAUGCUUCGUUUUCUUGAGUCUCCAUCUCUGGAGAAAGCCAAAACCUGCCGGGAUGCCAUCCUGAGCGAUGUGCUUGGGGUGACCCAGUGAUCUCCAGAGCUCCCUGCAACCCCAUCCAGGCUGAUUCUGUGAAAAGGGACCUGUUUUAUGUGAUUUAGGGGCGAAAAGAUUUUGGGAAUCAAUACCCAGCAGUUCCCUGGGUGUAAUGUCCUAGGGACCGUGCGGUGUCGUGACAGCCCCGGGGAGGACGUCGGCCCUGCGGGACACGAGGAGGCUGCUGUGGAGCAGGAGCGUGCGUCGGUGCCUUGGGGCCUGGAGCAGAUCCCGGAGGACAUCCGUAACGUGGACACCGAGGAGAGCAGGCAGGGCCUGUUGUAGAAGGAAAUCAGAUUGAUUUGCACUAUUUCUUCUUGACAAAUAAAGACUUCUUUGAUUCCAAAAUAACUUAGGAGGGAAGAGGAGGAAAAACUAAUCAAAAAAGGUGAUGUGCCCAGACAGAUCCUGCAGUGCUUUUUUGAAGAUUAAUCUCCCGUUGAUAUAGACAGGAAUUUUGCCUGGCCAUUGGUGUUGACAAGACGCCAGAGAUUCCCCAUUUCACACACCUAUGGCAUUUGCACCUCCUAGAAACAUGGACGGCCCCAAGCUACAGACCAAGAUGAGCACGUGGACUCCGCUGAACCAUCAACUCAUGAAUGACAAGGUAUUUGAGGAAAGAAGAGCCCUGCUUGGAAAAUGGUUUGACAAGUGGACAGAUGGUCAGAGGCGGAAGAUCCUGGUGGACCUUUUGGAACGCUGCUCCCUGUCCCAGCAGAAAUUCUGUGCCAAGCAGCUACAGGAUCGAGUUCCCACCGAAGCUCUAGAUUUCACCACCAGGCUCCCCAGAGUGCUGUCUUUGUACAUCUUUUCCUUCCUGGACCCACGGAGCCUCUGUCGAUGUGCACAGGUGAGCUGGCACUGGAAGUACCUGUCUGAACUGGAUCAGCUUUGGAUGCUGAAGUGCCUGCGCUUUGGCUGGUACAUCAACUUCUCUCCAACCCCCUUUGAGCAAGGAAUCUGGAAGAAACAUUACAUUGAGAUGGUGAAAGAGCUGCAUGUUACGAGACCAAAGACUCCUCCAAAGGAUGAAUUUGUAGUUAUUGACGUGCAACCGGUGAGAAGCAACAUCCCAGAGGCAAAACCUCCUGUGCUAGGAAGGAGGACAAACAAGGAGAAAAAAGAGCUCCCGCCGUGGCGGUCAUCAGACAGACAUCCUACAGACACCAUCCGAUUCAACUACCUCGACAACUACGAUCCCAUCGAGCAGGCUAGGCAGGCGAGAAAGAAGGGAGGAGGAGAGACCCCAGACCUCAGCCGGCAGGCAGCUGAGAAAAAAAAGAGAGCAGGUCGUGGAUCUAAUAAGCUCCGGAAGGCAAAAUCACUGCUGUCACUUACUGCAGAUCUCGAGCCUGUUCCCAAACCGCCGGUUCGUCCCAGCUGGGCCACUCACCAGUCAGCCGGGAACCUGCCCCCUAAAGCAGCAGCAAAAGCCCUAGCCCAGAGCUCCCAGUGGAACGCCGGGAUACGGCCAGCGCCUGUUCGAGCCCCAGUGCCAAAACCACGUGAGAGAGGAAAGAAAGGCUUCACAAGGACGAACGCCAGGUCUACACCAUCUCCUCUGUUUGAGGCUCAGCCCUGGCGCAUUCCUCUGUCAAACCAAGGAUCUGAUACAGAGUAAGGGAGGAUCCAGAGUAUCUUUCAUCUCAGCAGAACAGAAGCUUAUCUGCCUGGCGCUGGGGAAACAGCAGCAAUGUUGCCUGAGUCACAGGCUGUGUUUGGUGAAGAACAGCUGCUUUUGAGUCCUUUGCAAGGACCCAGUUUUAUUUUUUUUUUCAGCUUGUGCUAGAAAAGACUUUCUUCAUUGACCUCAUCAUGUAAAGAAGUGAGCAUGAAGGUCCUGCAUCCAUUCUCACUUAGGCUGUCCAAAAGAAAACUGCCUUGCAGCCAGCUUAGAUAGAGAGGUGCUGGAGCAAUGACUUUGUAUUUUUUUUGGAAGUACAGCAGCUGGUGCAAUGACUCCUUCCUGCCUUUGGAUCUCCAGGUGGGAUCUCCUGUUUCCAAGCCGGAGUCAGAAUGUUUUCCUGGGGUGUUUCUCAGCCUGGUUUCCUGUUGCUGCUGCUCUUGAACUGGUGCUAUAUCCUCUUUUUCUUCUGGGUACGUUGUCUCUGCAGAGUUCACCUAGACUUUUGACCACGCACAGAAAACCCUCGUGCAGAUCCCUGCUAGAUCUGCUGGACCUCAAGGGUGCUGAGCUUGCCUGUGUGUCGCUCAGACACCUCAGGGCACAUCCCAUGACCUGAGCUGCUCUGUGAUGCUUUCCGAGUGAAUUAUGGAAGUUGGCCUGCCUGUGAUGCAUGGAAAAGAAGCGAGGACUACCAGGAACCUUCAUGAUGUAAACUGUAUCCCCCUACAAAGCGAGUGGUUUUUCACCAACAUCAAUAUGAUCCUUCAGCUGUAUCCUACAGCCCCUGCCAAAUCAGCUGGACUGUGAAGGAAGCACCACAGCAUUCAAGGGAAAAGCCUUUAACAAGUGGAAGAAAGGAGGCUCAGGGAAAAUGCCUGAAGAAAAGCCUGCUGUACUGAAGACAGAACUUCUUUCUCUUGUUAAUCAAGGCAAGUCCAUCCUAUCAAUCAUGUUAGUGAGAAUGUGUUAGUGAGAAUGAAAUCAAAUCCCACACUCAGGAUUACAGCAUUGCACAUGACUCCUGCGGGGAGUUGACUCUAGCUUAAUUAUUUAAGAGAAUGUAAAUCAUGAGCUUUUAUUUGUCUUUUCUACAAUUAAGGAAGUAUCCAGGAAAAUGUAAGGAAUUGCAGUUUUUAAGGAUAAAGGGACUGAAUGCAGAGCAACUGCAACUCAUUGCCUUAUCAUAUCCCAGACUGGGAUAAAGCUAAAACUUCCCAUACACUAGGAUGAGCCAUGGUACACCCAUGAAUUAAUUCUCUGAUUGACAAGGAUUAGGAGAAGACUUCCACCUGGUGAGCAGAUUACUCUGUACUGUGUCACUUGAAGAUUUCGACUUUUUUUUUGACACAAGACACGGACAUCGGACAUUGUCAAGACCAGGCACUGGGCACAACACACCAUGGAUCUGAACUGAAAGGUCAGCUUCUGCCAGCAGACUCUGCCCCUUGGGAACUUGUUCAAAUACCACGUAAAUCCCAUCUCCUAAGCAAGGGUUAGGUAUCUCAGUGCAUCUCCCUCUCCCUGGUUUUGUCCUUUCAUUUCUCUAGCUGCUCUGUAUGCUUGGAAGAGGCAGUUCAUCUCGACCAAAAUAACGGCCUGAGAGCUUGUUAAGUCUAAGCAGGUCACCUCUGAAAUGAUUAUUAGCUGAAACAGGAGCUUGCAGAUGGCGAUUAUGUCUUACAUCAUCGAUUACACAAGAGACUAACUGAUUUCAAUUAAGAAAGCUAACUUCGGGGCACCAGAAAUCAGGUAGGAUAAAUCCCACCCAAAACGUUCAUCGACGUCCAGUCCCUGGUAUUGCAAUUCUCUCCUCACAAACCUCUUCCCACAGAAAAUCGAAUUAAAUGGCUUGCUUCGUGGCUGUUUAUGGCUUCUGAAGUCCAAACUGUUGCUCUGGCUUCCUUUUUGUCCCAGGCUCUGCGUAGUUUCCUGGGCAGCAGUUCAGCGCUAGGUCUUUGUACCAAACAGCAAGUGGCUACACAAGGAAAUGAUGUAACCCCGCAUCAAUGGCUUUUCUUUUCUCACCAGUGAACAUACUCACUCGAAGGGUAACGUUUCCAGGGUCCUGGAGCUGAGUGCUCAGGCAUUGCUGCAGAUACUGUGCCUUUGCUGCAGCACAUCAAGCGGCUUGAGUGCUCACUGUACAAAUUAAGACUCAGGCUUCUCCAAUUUAUAAUGCUUUUGUAUUUAUGAUCCCGUGAAAUAAUUAACAGCAACACUGUCAAGGAAACUGCCAAGCCAAGUAGUCAGUCCUUGAAGUAACAGCAGACCUGUAUAACGCCUUGAUGUAACUUCUACCAAUUAUAGUAUUAGAAUAAAAUACUUGCAACACGCUUUAUAAACAUUCCUGAGGUUGCAGAAUAGGUCAGAAUCUGAAACAGAAAGAGACAGGGAGACAAACUCCCAGCUGUCUGCCUCUGUGCUGCUGGCUGGCCUCAGGCAAGCUGUAUCACCUUCCGCGCCCUGGGCUGCUGAUCUGCACGGGCAGAUGGUUAUUUACCCACCUUACAACGCGCCUCGAGAUAUGUGGAUAAGAAAUUGCUACACAACUACAGAGGAAGGUUGUUAUGCCUCUGCCCUUCCUUGUAGAUGCUCAUUUCCCUGCACUGCUUGGUAUUUCCAGAUCCUGUACAACUCUGAUUAGCCGUAGCGUUUGAUUAAAGAAAUGAAAGCACCUUUUAAACCCCACAGGCCAAUGAAUCAGCACUGCUGCAUCUGAAUUCCACCAGUACAAGCAAGAUCAGAAUGUGAGCCCUAGGCUACAGCCCUGCUCAGAUGUGGUGAACAAACCCAAACUUGCCAGCCUCCUCUUACCCAAGGUUUACCAUCCAUUUCUGCCAAAAACUCCACCUGAAUUUACCUCAUGUUCCUUGCUGGGAGCAAUGGCAGAGUUUUGGUACUGUAGUUUGGCUUUUUAGCCCAAAUGAACUUUUCCUGAUUAUUGUUCUGAGCUAAAGACAGAGCCUUGUUUGGGAGAAGGAAUAUGUGUAGCUGAAGAUUAAUAGGAGUUGCAGGUGGGAGCAUGGUUAGGUCAAAACCGAGGAUUUUUAGAGACAUCCAACGCGUGUGGCAGCCCCUGAGAAGGAAGACGAGCAAACGUGACCGCUGCCAGGGAAGUGAGAGCAGAGAGCAGAGUCCCAGCAGCAGCACGAGGGUUGUAACAGGCUAAGGGAUGGCUACAGAAAGCACAGAGACCUUGCGGCAAAUGGAAAGUAGCUGAUGAUAGUAGCUAUGUGUAAGAUAAAAAGUUGCUGUGAUAGGUGGAUGAAGCUGAUAACAGGUGGAGAGCACAGAUCAGCUCACAUAACAAAGGGACGGGGAGGUGAGCAGUCAGUGCGGAGGGCUGUGUUGGUGGGCGGAUGUGAUAAGGGAAGGGACAGGGGUAUGAAAAUCAGCUUGAAAUCAAUUGGCUUGUCUCAGCUGGCAUGCUUGCACUGCCUUGCCAUGUGUCUAGCACAGGCAUUCUACCUCUCAUGUGCUCGUGUCCUCUUUUAGAGGAUGAACUCAAACAACAGAGACAUCCCAGGCCUCCUCCAGAUGGAUGCUUUGUAGUGUGUGCACCCCCAGGUAAUUCAGGGGAAGGAACUACUUUCACAUCCCAGCCAGCCCAAAGCAUGGGCUAGGCAAGCGGACAAACUCUGACAGUACAAUCGCAUCUGAAAUGUCUCCUGGUGUGCAGCAGCUGCUGCAGGAGGUCUGAGAAAGGUGAUGGCAGGAGGUGCACGCCUGGAUAGAUGUUUUCUAACCAUUUGCACAGCCCAUAUCCUGAGUACAACCGCCCUCCAAACCACUCAUAAAUUGCUGGUUGGCACAGGAUGCUUGGGAGACCCCCUGGGAGGUAAAACCACUGCUACCGACAGGUCCAGGCAUUGCAGGGCACUCCCAGCACAACAGGGGGAAGGAAACUGAAUUUGGCUCUCCAAAAAGGCCUGCAGGCACCAAGAGAGCAGCAGCAACGGGAGCAGAUGGUCUGAGCUGCAUUUUCAACCUGUUCCAUCCUGGGAUCUUGCUUUGAACGGGCAGGAGGCUGCCAAACCCACUGCGGGGAGGGCAGGAUGGUCUCACACACACACACUCUGCUACAAUCUGCCUGCAAGACUGCGCACGCUGACCUACGGCACCAGGGCAGGCUCUGCUUGCUUCAUAAACCAACCCACGCAGUGGUAAGAGCUGACCCGCAGCAGUUUCCACGUGCCCUUAUUCCUUCCUGCAAUUCUUGUUGCCUGUUCAGUCCCCAGAUGUGCACCAGCUGUGAGUGUGAUGCCAAAAAUCUUCAGGUCAACCCCAAAUCAGGAGGUUUUCAAAUAAAGAUUUUUACCAGCCCAUAAAUCA